UGGGGUUAAAGUCUUAGAGCAAUGGCUUUCAGAAUGGUCAGUUCACCCCUCGCGAUUUUCCUGUAGGGAAAUAAGGACACAUUGGAGUCAAAACCUCCCUGAGGCAACUUGUUUUUAUGUAGAAACAGGUUGCAGGAAGGGGGGGUGGGGACUGAGCAAAGCAAAUCCCAAAGAGUUACUUCAGAAAUGUGAGGAAGAAAGGUGGAAAUGCAAUGCAGUGGCAAACGAGGAGAAAAGGAAGACAGAAAAAAAGGACAAGCAUGCUCAACUGGAAGGUUACGGAACAGCCGAUCAGAACUGCACCUACCAAAAGUUUGGUUAUGGAUUCUGGAGAAAAUGUAAGUUAAAUCUACCUACGCUCCAAUCAGAUCCCAAGAGACAUUUUACUCAUUUCAUGGUUUUAAAUGAUGGGCUCUUGGAAGCCGUGUCUUUUUUGUGUGUCUCUGGUCACUGCUCUGAUUUUUGUGUUUGUUUACAAUCAUGAGUUAUGGGAGAAUAAAAGUUUCCUGGGAGCAUCUCUGUGCAAUGCUUCACUAUUAGCAGAAGCCUGUCAUCAGAUUUUUAAGGGGAAGGUUUUUUACCCAACAGAGAAUGCAUUGAAAACUACCCUCAGAGAAUCUACCUGUUAUGAGUACAUAGCUCAAAGUCACUACAUAACAGAAACACUCUCUGAAGAAGAGGCUGGCUUCCCUUUGGCUUACACGAUGACCAUUCACAAAGAUUUUGGCACUUUUGAGAGACUCUUCAGGGCAAUUUACAUGCCCCAAAAUGUCUACUGUGUUCAUGUGGAUGAAAAGGCAACAGAUACAUUUAAAGAUGCAGUGAAGCAAUUACUGAGCUGCUUCCCAAAUGCUUUUCUGGCUUCCAAGAUGGAGCCCGUGGUCUACGGUGGGAUUUCCAGGCUCCAGGCUGACCUGAACUGCAUCAAAGAUCUUGCAGGCUCUGAGGUUCCGUGGAAAUAUGCCAUCAACACCUGUGGGCAAGAUUUCCCCCUGAAAACCAACAGGGAGAUAGUUCAGUAUCUGAAAGGAUUUAAAGGGAAAAACAUCACCCCAGGGGUGCUGCCUCCCGCUCAUGCUAUUGGACGGACUAAAUAUGUCCACCAAGAACUACUGAGCAAAAAAAAUUCCUACAUGAUUAAAACCGUGAAAUUGAAAACUCCGCCUCCUCACAACAUGACCAUUUACUUUGGCACUGCCUACGUGGCCCUCACAAGGGAAUUUGCUGAUUUUGUCCUCCAAGACCAGCAGGCACUUGACUUACUGUCCUGGUCCAAGGACACCUACAGUCCUGAUGAACAUUUCUGGGUCACACUCAAUAGGAUUCCUGGUGUUCCUGGCUCCAUGCCAAAUGCGUCGUGGGCUGGGAACCUCAGAGCUGUAAAGUGGUUUGACAUGGAAGAUAAACACGGAGGCUGCCACGGCCACUACGUCCACGGCAUCUGCAUCUAUGGAAACGGAGACUUGAAGUGGUUGAUUAAUUCGUCCAGCCUCUUUGCUAAUAAGUUUGAGCUCACUACGUACCCCCUUACUGUGGAAUGCCUGGAGCUGAGGCUUAGAGAAAGAACCCUAAACCAGAGUGAAAUUGCAAUACAGCCCAGCUGGUAUUUUUGAUCUACAGCCACUCACAACUGAAGGGAAAUCACAGCUGGAAAGGAGAGCUUUUCUUUGUGAGAAAAACUUGGCCUGGGCUAUAUGAACAGUCUCAGGGCCAAGGUUCUGGCUUCAGGACCUGACUACAUUAUUACGUGUUGAACUAUUCUCCGGACACCGUGAAAUACGCUGUCAGGAUGGUUGUGCAGGGUGAUGCUGGCGCUUUGGCCACUGUGGCAGCCUCUUGAGGCUCGCCUCUGUAUCAGGCUAACGUUCUGAUCAGUGAUAAAUUAAACUGUCCUCAGAUUUGCAUCUGAUCCUCAUUGUAUAUAAAUGUUCUAAUGAAAAGGAGAAUUGUGGAUAAUACUAUUUAGGAAGAAAAGAAUUGGGUUUCUUUGCAGAAGGAAUCUUUUAUAACGGGUCUCUAGCCGCACAUGGAUGGGUAUCCCCUGCUCUUUGCUUAACCUGCACCUAGGCAUAGAAAUCGCGUUUUGGGUAACUGACCGAUCUCCUUUACAACUUGAGCUCCUAGAACUGAGAACUAGAUCUUGUUGCCGAGUUUCGGCAGUA